GCCGAUUAAAAACGACAAAAAAAAAAAAAAAAGAAAAAAAAAAACGUCAGCUCGAUCAAAUCGGUUGUUCGCGCGGAAAAGACGGACUUCGAGAUCAGAAUCCGAGAUCCGUCCGGGCCGUGUCGAUACGUCGUCGUCGUCGGCGUUGCGUUCGGCGCGAGCGGGCGCGGAGGAAUUUCAUACGCGGGAACUAUUUCGAUAGAUUAGAGGGGCGGCGUUGGGCGGCCAUGAUGGGUGUCAGCAGCGGCAAGUAGCGACAGUUCUCUCGUUCCCUGCGUUAGUUGGUUUUGCGUUUUUGAUGAUUGACGCCGAACGUUCGGGGAUAAGAGACGCACGUUAAAGCGAGAAUAGUUGGACAGAAACGGUCACAGGGUGCUGGGAACGCGUUGCCACGUUCACGGGAGGAAUAGCGGGUCGAGAACCUCGGCGAGUUUUCGAAUAUCUCGGGCAAAAUGACGCAGCUAUUGCCCAUAAGGUUCCAAGAACACCUUCAGCUUACAGCUGUGGGGAUUAAUGCCAGUAAUGUCAGUUUUAAUACGCUCACCAUGGAGUCUGAUAAAUUUAUUUGCGUUAGAGAAAAAGUUGGCGAUACUGCCCAGGUAGUAAUUAUCGACAUGAAUGACUCCACCAACCCCAUUAGAAGACCAAUAUCAGCUGAUUCUGCAAUUAUGAAUCCAGCUAGUAAAGUUAUCGCUCUGAAAGCCAUGAAGACACUGCAGAUUUUUAACAUCGAAAUGAAGUCGAAAAUGAAAGCUCACACAAUGACGGAAGACGUGGUCUUUUGGAAAUGGAUAUCUCUGAACACGUUGGCCUUGGUAACAGAAACCGCGGUGUAUCACUGGUCGAUGGAGGGAGAUUCAACGCCGAACAAGAUGUUCGAACGUCACUCGUCAUUAAACGGCUGUCAGAUAAUCAAUUACAGAACGGAUCCGAAGCAGACGUGGCUGUUGUUGAUCGGCAUUUCGGCGCAGCAUAACAGAGUGGUGGGCGCCAUGCAGCUCUAUUCGGUUGAGCGCAAGUGCUCGCAGCCCAUCGAGGGCCACGCUGCCUCAUUCGCCCAAUUCAAAAUGGAAGGAAACGCGGAACCCAGCAAUCUGUUCUGCUUCGCCGUUAGAACGGUUCAGGGAGCGAAGCUUCAUAUAAUCGAGGUGGGCCAGCCGCCCGCGGGCAAUCAUCCGUUUCCGAAAAAAGCGGUAGACGUGUUCUUUCCACCUGAGGCGGGAAACGAUUUUCCGGUCGCCAUGCAAGUUAGCUCCAAAUACGACGUUAUAUAUUUAAUCACAAAAUACGGGUAUAUACAUAUGUACGAUAUCGAAUCCGCGACGUGUAUAUUUAUGAAUCGUAUUUCGGGAGAAACCAUCUUCGUAACCGCGCCGCACGAAGCUUCCGGCGGCAUAAUCGGAGUAAAUCGAAAGGGUCAGGUUCUGUCCGUUUCCGUGGACGAAGAGAACAUAAUCCCGUACAUCAACGGGGUGCUGCAAAAUUCGGAACUAGCGCUGAGAAUGGCCGUGAGAAACAACUUGUCGGGAGCGGAAGAUCUGUUUGUGAGAAAGUUCAACAUGCUCUUCCAAAACGGUCAGUACGCGGAGGCGGCGAAGGUUGCGGCCAACGCUCCGAAGGGAAUACUCCGAACGCCCGCGACUAUACAACGAUUUCAACAAGUCCCGACCACGCAGGGUCAGACGUCUCCACUCUUGCAAUACUUUGGUAUCCUCUUGGAUCAGGGUCAGCUGAACAAGUACGAGUCGUUGGAACUGUGCCGACCGGUGCUGGUUCAGGGACGUAAACAGUUGCUCGAGAAGUGGUUGAAGGAGGACAAGCUCGAGUGCAGCGAGGAACUGGGAGAUCUGGUGAAGCAGGCGGAUCCCACGUUGGCGCUCAGCGUUUAUCUGAGAGCCAAUGUGCCGAACAAGGUUAUCCAAUGCUUCGCGGAAACCGGCCAGUUUCAGAAAAUAGUUCUCUACGCGAAGAAGGUCUCGUACACGCCGGACUACAUAUUUCUCUUGCGAAAUGUCAUGAGAAUUAAUCCCGAUCAGGGUGUGGCGUUCGCUCAAAUGUUGGUUCAAGACGACGAACCGUUGGCCGACAUCAAUCAGAUCGUCGACAUAUUUAUGGAGCAAAACAUGGUGCAGCAAUGCACAGCCUUUCUUUUGGACGCGCUCAAGAACAACCGACCGAGCGAGGGUGCCUUACAAACUCGCCUGUUGGAGAUGAAUCUAAUGUCGGCUCCGCAAGUGGCCGACGCUAUACUGGGCAAUCAGAUGUUCACUCACUACGACAGAGCCCACGUGGCGCAGUUGUGCGAGAAGGCCGGUUUGUUGCAACGCGCUCUCGAACAUUAUACAGACUUGUACGAUAUCAAGAGAGCGGUCGUGCACACGCACUUGCUCUCUCCCGACUGGCUCGUAGGUUUCUUCGGGACUCUGUCCGUGGAAGAUUCUCUCGAGUGUUUGAAGGCCAUGCUUACGGCCAACAUAAGACAGAACUUGCAAAUUUGCAUACAAAUCGCGACCAAAUAUCACGAGCAACUGACGACCAAAGCGUUGAUCGAUCUGUUCGAAAGCUUCAAAUCUUACGAGGGUUUGUUCUAUUUCUUGGGAUCUAUCGUGAAUUUCAGCCAGGAUCAAGAAGUGCACUUCAAGUACAUUCAGGCCGCGUGCAAAACCGGACAGAUCAAAGAGGUGGAGCGCAUAUGUCGGGAGAGCAACUGUUACAAUCCGGAACGCGUCAAGAAUUUUCUGAAGGAAGCGAAGCUUUCGGAUCAGUUGCCUUUGAUCAUUGUGUGCGAUCGGUUUGAUUUUGUUCACGACCUAGUUCUCUACCUCUAUCGCAACAAUUUGCAAAAAUACAUCGAGAUUUACGUGCAGAAAGUAAACCCGUCGCGUUUGCCUGUAGUUGUGGGUGGUUUGCUGGACGUUGACUGUUCGGAGGAUAUUAUCAAGAAUCUGAUACUCGUAGUACGCGGACAGUUCUCGACUGACGAACUGGUCGAGGAAGUCGAGAAGAGAAAUCGUCUGAAGCUUCUGCUGCCGUGGUUGGAGUCUCGCGUUCACGAGGGUUGCGUAGAACCCGCGACGCACAACGCUCUGGCCAAGAUCUACAUCGACAGCAACAACAAUCCCGAGAGAUUUCUCAAGGAGAAUCAGUUCUAUGACAGCCGAGUCGUCGGCAAGUAUUGCGAGAAGCGCGAUCCCCACUUGGCUUGCAUCGCGUACGAACGCGGUCAGUGCGAUCGCGAACUGAUAAGCGUAUGCAACGAGAACAGUCUGUUCAAGAGCGAAGCCAGAUAUCUGGUGAGACGCAGAGAUCCGGAUCUCUGGGCGGAGGUGCUUCUCGAGAGCAAUCCGUACAAGCGGCCGUUGAUCGAUCAGGUCGUUCAGACGGCGUUGUCCGAGACGCAAGAUCCCGAGGACAUAUCGGUCACCGUAAAAGCUUUUAUGACAGCCGACUUGCCAAACGAACUGAUCGAACUUCUCGAGAAAAUAGUACUGGACAGCAGCGUCUUCAGCGAUCACCGCAACUUGCAGAAUCUCUUGAUACUAACGGCCAUCAAGGCUGAUCGUACGCGCGUUAUGGAGUACAUCAAUCGCUUGGACAAUUACGACGCUCCGGAUAUCGCCAACAUCGCCAUCAACAACGAACUUUACGAAGAAGCUUUCGCGAUCUUCAAAAAGUUCGACGUUAAUACGUCAGCCAUCCAGGUUUUGAUCGAGCAAGUCGGCAACUUGGACAGAGCUUAUGAAUUUGCAGAAAGAUGCAACGAGCCACCUGUAUGGUCGCAACUAGCUAGGGCUCAGUUGCAACAGGGUUUGGUUAAGGAGGCGAUCGACAGCUUCAUCAAAGCGGACGAUCCCUCGGCGUACAUGGACGUGGUGGAAACCGCACACCGUACCUCGCACUGGGAAGACUUGGUUCGCUAUCUGCAAAUGGCUCGCAAAAAGGCGCGCGAAUCCUUCAUCGAAAGCGAAUUGAUAUAUGCGUACGCGCGAACCAAUAGACUCGCGGAUCUCGAGGAAUUCAUAUCCGGUCCUAAUCACGCCGACAUACAAAAGAUCGGCGAUAGAUGUUUCGACGAUAAGAUGUACGACGCCGCGAAGCUGCUUUACAACAACGUGUCGAAUUUCGCGCGUCUCGCUAUAACGUUAGUCCACUUGAAAGAAUUUCAAGGCGCCGUGGACAGCGCGCGCAAAGCUAAUUCGACUCGUACUUGGAAGGAAGUUUGUUUCGCCUGCGUGGACAGCGGUGAAUUCCGACUGGCCCAGAUGUGCGGUCUUCACAUAGUCGUGCAUGCCGACGAGCUAGAGGAUUUGAUCAAUUAUUAUCAGGACCGCGGUCACUUCGAAGAACUCAUCAACCUUCUGGAAGCCGCUCUGGGACUCGAGCGAGCUCACAUGGGAAUGUUCACCGAACUGGCUAUUCUCUACAGUAAAUACAAGCCUCAGCGAAUGAGAGAACACUUGGAACUUUUCUGGUCGCGCGUCAAUAUACCGAAGGUGUUACGUGCAGCAGAACAAGCGCACUUGUGGGCUGAACUGGUGUUCUUGUACGACAAAUACGAGGAAUACGACAACGCGGUCCUCGCGAUGAUGCAACAUCCAACCGAGGCUUGGCGAGAGGGUCACUUCAAGGACGUAAUCACUAAAGUCGCGAACGUCGAGCUCUAUUACAAAGCUAUACAAUUUUACGUAGAAUACAAACCCCUUCUUCUGAACGAUAUAUUGCUUGUACUCGCACCGCGUAUGGAUCACACGAGAUCAGUUGCUUACUUCACGAGAACUGGUCAUCUGCAACUAGUAAAACCGUAUCUGAGAUCCGUUCAGGCUCUCAACAACAAAGCAAUCAAUGAAGCUUUAAACGGCUUGCUAAUCGACGAGGAGGAUUACCAGGGUCUUCGAACGUCGAUCGACGCGUUCGAUAAUUUUGAUAACAUUGCGCUAGCGCAGCAACUAGAGAAGCACGAACUGAUCGAGUUUAGGAGAAUCGCCGCGUAUCUGUACAAGGGUAACAACAGAUGGAAGCAAUCCGUGGAACUUUGCAAGAAGGACCGUCUAUUCAGGGACGCAAUGGAGUACGCGGCGGAAUCGCGAAAUCAGGAAGUCGCUCAAGAAUUGCUCGAGUGGUUCUUGGAACGAGGCUCUAAAGAUUGCUUCGCAGCAUGCCUAUUUCAUUGUUACGAUCUACUUCACCCGGACGUUAUUCUGGAGCUUGCGUGGAAACAUCGUAUCUUGCAUUUCGCAAUGCCAUAUCUCAUACAAGUAGCGCGAGAAUACAUCACGAAGGUCGAUAAGUUGGAAGAAGCCGAAAGUCGUCGCAUCGAAGAAACUGAUCAUCAGGAACACAAACCUAUGAUUAUGCCUGAACCUCAGUUAAUGUUGACUGCAGGACCGGGAAUGAUGGCGCCUGGUUACGCAGCUCAGAAUGUGUACGGUACACCCGCACAGGUGUACGCGCCCGCUGCUGCAGCCUAUCAAGGCUACGGUAUGUGAAACACAUUCAAAACAAAUAAUCUACUUUUCUAUAAAGUCUAGGUAGUAUAAAAAUCGUUUUUGUUAGCUUGAUAUUGUCAAAGCGAAUAUAUGAGAAUGAAAAAUAUAAUUAGGAAAAAAAAAUAAAAUAAAAUAAACGAAGAGAAUUGCCCACACGUUUAGAUCAUGAUGAUAGUUGACAUAAAAAAAAAACAUAAAACAAAAAAAAAACGUCUGUAUACAUUAACAAGCAAAGGCUAUCAUGCGCUAUCUAAAUGUGAACUUGUAAUUUAUGGAAGAAAAACGUUGUCGAAAAAGCAAACAGUUAUAUAUAUAUAUAUAUAUAUACAGUUAUAUAUAUACAUUAUAUAUAUGUGUAUAUAUAUAUAUAUAUAUAUCAUCGUUUAAAUCGUUGUUUAACACAGGUUUUGUCAAACCAAUAUUAAUUACACAUUAGAGAAAGUAAAGCGUAUACAUUUAUAUAUAUAUA